AUGGCCUUUCGCGUUGCUCUGAGACAGAGUAGGGCUGUUUUUCAGGCUACAAAAUGCCUGACAAAUGUAGCUCGAUACUCUACAAAUGCAAAAGAACUGCCAUUUCAUCAGAUGGUGGGUCUCUUUUACGACAACGCUGCAAAACACGUCGAAAAGAAAUUAAUUGAAGAACUCCCGUGGGAUGGACCAAAGGAUCAUAAAGAAAAGCAUGUUAAGGGAAUAUUGGCGGCCAUGAAGCCAUGCGACAACAUUUAUGAAUUUACAUUCCCUUUCAAACGCGAUAAUGGAUCAAUCGAGCUUAUCCAAGGUUGGAGAGCCCAGCACAGUCUCCACCAGACCCCAUGCAAAGGUGGCAUCCGUUUCAGUUCCGAUUGCGACAGCGGUGAGGUCCAGGCUCUUGCUACUUUGAUGACCUUCAAAUGCGCUCUGGUGGACGUACCUUUUGGCCCUUGUCUCGAUGUUCCUGCUCCGGACAUGGGCACAGGAGCGCGCGAGAUGUCCUGGAUUGCGGACACGUAUGCAAAAACCAUCGGCUACCAAGAUCUCAACGCUAGCGCGUGUGUGACCGGUAAACCUGUUAACCAAGGUGGGGUUCUCGGUCGUACCGAAGCCACUGGUUUGGGAGUAUUCUAUGCCAUUGAGAACUUCGUUAACAGUGAAAAGUACGCACAGAUGUGCGACUUUUCUACUGGCGUUAAAGGGAAGACCGUCAUUUGUCAAGGAUAUGGUAACGUCGGCUGGUGGACUAUGCACUAUCUUCAUGGCGCUGGUGCUAAAUGUAUCGGCCUAAUUGAGCUUGACGGCAGCAUUUACAAUCCCGAUGGUAUCAAUGUACCCGAACUAGAAGCAUACAAAGCCGCUCACGGAGGAAUCGCCGGCUUUCCGGGUGCGAAACCCUACACCAAGGGCUCGUUGUUCCAUGAGAAGUGUGAUAUUCUUGUGCCCGCUGCCUGCCAGCGCCAAAUCACGCUGGACAAUGUUGAGGGCAUCCAAGCGAGGAUGAUUGUAGAGGGUGCAAAUGGACCCACAACACCUCCGGCCAACGAGAUUUUGCAACAAAAGAAAGUUCUCGUGAUUCCUGACUUGUUGGCGAACGCUGGUGGUGUGACUGUCUCCUACUUCGAAUGGCUUAAGGGCAUGAACCAUGUCAGCUUUGGUCGCCUUAAUUUCAAAUAUGAGAAGGAAUCUCACCUCCAGCUCCUGAACAGUGUGAGCAAAUCACUGGAGAAGAAAUUUGGUGACAAAGUUCCCGUGGCCCCUACGAAGGAAUUUAGUGAUCGAAUUUCCGGUGCAUCUGAACGUGACAUUGUAUACUCUGGCCUGGAAUUCACAACGGAAACCGCCGCCAAGGACGUCAUGAGAAUUGCGGACAAGUAUAACCUCGGAUAUGAUAUGCGAACGGCUGCCUAUAUCAGUGCCAUCGAGAAGGUCUUCUUCAUGCAGCACGGUUCCGGUAUAAUAUUCAGCUAA